CACAAGCAAAGGUUGCUAUGUGGUUCCACUUGAUGAUAGCUCAGUUGGAUGGGGACGCUAGAGGAGAAGCAGGCACCAGAGCCCAAGGUGGAUACAGCUUCACUCUUCCAGAUGGCCAGCAGGUCCAUCUUUCUUACACCGCUGAUGAAAAUGGAUUCGUUGCCCAAGGGUCUCACAUCCCCACCCCACCACCAAUCCCAGAAGAAAUCAGGAAGGCCAUUGCUCAGAACUUAGCUGAUGAAGCUAGAGGACUAGUAGAUGAUGGAUCUUAUAGGGAAAGCCAAUAUGGUGGAAGUGAAUACAGAAGCGAACCAUACAGAUCUGCCCUUAACACAGCUUCUGGAGGAUAUAGGUAUUGAAGUCGACAAGAAACUUUAGGAACUAUGAGAAGAAAUUGCAUUAUACAAAUUCAUAAUAUGUACAUACAGUGACAUUGCAAAUAAAGAUAUGUCUUUACUAAUA